ACAACUGCAAGUUUUGUUGAGAGUGAUUUGAUUUGUUGAUCAAAAGAGAGAAAACUGUCUGGAAAGGCCGAGAAAAUUAAGAAGCGAAUCAAGAAAGGAAGAUUGAUCCUUGUCACCCAUUUUGUACUGCUCUGAAUUGUUUCACAAACUUAGUUGAUGGCGUCACAAGUUGGUAGCCUGAUUCAUGAUAGGAAUCUGAAUGUUCACUAUAAUGCAUCUGCUGGGGGGAAGACCAAUGUUUCUAAAGCCCUAAAGAAAGGAGGGCUUGGCGGAAGGAAGCCACUUAGUGAUUUAUCAAAUUCGGUGAAGCCUACUCCCAAUCAAUCCUUAAAGAAGCCUAGUUCCAACUCUUUUAUUGAGAAAGAUAUCGGUGCCUCUAAAAUUACAUUUGAUGGAAGCAAAAAGAAGAGUUCUAAAGCUUCUGAAAAAUCACAGACCAGCACCAGGAAAGUACUUUCUGACAUUUCGAAUUUUGGGAAGCCUCAUCUGCGUGAGGCCUCUAAUCUGAAUGCGAAACUGAGUGUUCUGGAGGAGGAACAUCUCAGUGCUUUGGCAGAGGAAGAUUUUCUACACAACCAUCAAGAAUGCCUCAAGGCACGGACAAAAGCUAUGGACAUAGAUGAGUUGCUGAUAACAGUUGGACUACAUAAUGGUUUUUCUAAGCAGUCAGUGUCUCCAUGGGUGGCAUCUUCAGCAUUGGAUGAUUUUAAGUUUCAGCCUACAAGUCCUCCAAGGUGGUUAGAAUUGGAAGAGCUUGGAGAACAUGGACUCGGAGAUGCUCAAUUACCUCAGAAAAGUGAACAUUUCAGUGAUCUUGAUUCUCCAAAAUCACCAAAUCGCUGUAUGCAGUGGGAUGAAGAAGUCAACUUUAUGUUGAUAAAGACACCAUAAUUGCCAAAGCAUUGACUUUCCUAGUGCAUAGAAUAUGUCAGCAAUUAUGGUCGUUUAACUUUUGUGGUAGAAUUUGGGUUUGAACUUUUCUUGUAAGGUUAACUUCAGUACUGUGCACAUUUGUGGUUAACUUCAGUACUGUGCAUAUUUGUGGUUAACUUCAGUACUGCAUAUUGUGUUUGGUUUGAAGUAGGAAUUUCUUUGUUUUUAGGACUUGUAGUUAUCCUUGUCUACGCUAGUAGGCAAAUAUUAUGCAGCUACAAUUUGCCUGUAGUCGAGCAAGUUCUCCGUUAGUUAAGAACUGAAGUUUUUCUUGUGAUGACAAUUAUUUGCUUGUAACUAUAGCUCAACUUCGUAGCAAUAUAUGAGAAGGUACUUAAUAAGGUGAUCGCUUUGUAGAUCCAUCAGAACCGGAAUUAUCACAUUGAUGACAAU